AAUAAUGUCGCCAAAGAAGUUGUCAAACAAAUCGUUGUCGUCGUCGUCGGCGGCGAUGAAUACAAAGACAACAGACUCGACAUCGUUGUCGUCGCCGUCGCCGACAAAAAGGGUCCGAUCGGCUCUUGUGGACAAUGAGGACACUGACGUAACAAUCAUUGUGGACAAGAGUCACCUGAAGAUGACCGCCGCCGCCGACAACGAUUUAGUCGGCGAUGGAUUGAAUAACCGCCACAACACUCGCGACGGCUGUGGUGGUGGUAAUGACGGCGGCGGUGGCGGUACGUCCAGCGAUGAUGAUGAUGACGAUGUGAACAAAAUGUUGGCGUCGACUACAACGAGUACGUCCGCCACCGCUGCCGCCAUCAUUGCCGACAACUAUUUUAUGGCUCAACGCCGUCAUCAACAGCGAACAAAACGGUCGACUACCGGUGCCGAUAGCGACCAAAUGAAAAAUAAAAGCACUUCGGAAACUAUGGCCAAAGUUAUGAAAGACUUUGAUCUGACCGAAGACCAGAUUAAAGUGAUUGUCGAUCGACAGUCUGUAGCGGAACGGAAGCAUCUGAUGGAUACUUAUGUCAAUAAUAACUGUUUUGACGAUUGGAUGAGUCAGUUGUGUUGCGGUUUCAAUGUCCUGCUCUACGGUUUGGGUUCAAAGCGAAAGCUGAUGGAAACGUUUGCCGAAAAACAUCUAUCAGAUGAACACCACAUAGUCAUCAAUGGCUACAACAAUGAGGCGUCGCUCAGACACAUUAUACUGGUUUUGAGCGAAGUAUUAGACGAAUCAAUAGUCGACAACAACAUGAAGAUUAUCGACAAAUUAAAUUCAAUUGAAUUUGAUCUCUAUUUGGUUAUACAUUCCAUUGAUUUUUUGUUUGCCACAAAUCCGAAAAUCAAAUCAUUUAUUGGCCAACUAGUUGUUCCGCACCGAUGUUCGCGCAUCAGAAUUAUAGCCAGCGUUGACCACAUCAACAGUGGACUGAUUUGGUCGACCACUGAGGCCAACGCUUACCGAUGGUUGUGGUUCAAUGUACCGACACUCGAGUCCUAUUCAGUGGAAAAAGCGUUCAGCACUGGCCUAUCGAUGCUAACCGGUUCGGCAAAAAGUUGGUCACAAUCGCUAACCUAUUCAUCUGUUAAACAUGUAUUUGAUUCGUUGACAACAAACGCACAAAAGAUAUUUCUACUAAUUUUACAGCAUUUUGUCGAUAAGGAUGUGUCGAACACUAAUAAUAAUAAUAAUAAUAACGGCUUUCCGUUUGCCGAUUGUUAUGAUUUGUGUCGGGAAGAGAUGUUAGUCAUAUCGGAGACAACACUCAGAGCACAGAUCAGUGAAUUCAAAGAUCAUAGACUAUUGAAGUCGAAGAAGGGCUGCGACGGCGGAGAAGUGAUUGUCGUUUGUUUAGAUAAAACUGUUGUCCAAAGCUUUUUAGAUAGUCAUCCAAAUAAUGAUUAUUGA